AUCCAGAUCUCACUCGGCUCCUCUCCUCGUCCCAAGGCAGAAGUAACCGGGGCGAAGGAUACGAGAACGAGACCCCAACCCUGAAACAAGCAGGGAACGGAGAAGAGGAAAAUGGCAGGAGGGUUCAGAGUGCUCCAUCUUGUUAGGCCAUUCCUAGCAUUCUUGCCUGAAGUUCAGAGUGCUGAUCGUAAAAUUCCCUUUAGGGAAAAAGUUAUCUACACUGUCAUCUCCCUCUUUAUCUUUCUAGUUUGCAGUCAGCUUCCUCUUUAUGGUAUUCACUCAACUACUGGAGCGGAUCCCUUUUAUUGGAUGCGUGUGAUCCUUGCAUCAAAUCGGGGAACUGUCAUGGAACUUGGUAUUACUCCAAUUGUGACUUCUGGACUAGUGAUGCAGCUCUUGGUUGGGUCGAAGAUCAUUGAAGUUGACAACAGUGUACGGGAGGAUCGUGCUCUUUUAAAUGGCGCUCAAAAGUUGCUUGGCAUUCUAAUUGCUAUUGGAGAGGCUGUUGCAUAUGUUCUAUCUGGAAUGUAUGGAAGUGUCAGCCAACUGGGAACUGGGAAUGCUAUUCUGAUAAUACUUCAGCUUUUUUUUGCUGGUAUCAUUGUCAUUUGUUUGGAUGAACUUCUCCAGAAAGGAUAUGGUUUGGGAUCUGGUAUAUCAUUGUUCAUUGCUACCAAUAUCUGUGAAAAUAUCAUCUGGAAGGCAUUUAGCCCGACGACCAUAAACAGUGGACGUGGUGCUGAAUUCGAAGGUGCCGUUAUUGCUCUGUUCCAUUUACUGAUUACACGCACAGAUAAAGUUCGUGCUCUUCGUGAGGCCUUCUACCGUCAGAACCUUCCAAAUGUGACCAACUUGCUUGCGACAGUCUUGGUCUUCCUCAUAGUAAUCUAUUUCCAAGGUUUUCGUGUUGUGUUGCCUGUGAGGUCAAAGAAUGCCCGUGGACAGCAAGGUUCCUACCCUAUUAAAUUGUUUUACACCUCCAAUAUGCCCAUCAUUUUGCAGUCGGCACUUGUCUCUAAUCUGUACUUCAUCUCCCAGUUGUUGUACAGGAGGUACAGUGGAAAUUUUCUGGUAAAUCUGUUAGGAAAGUGGAAGGAAUCCGAGUAUUCUGUCCAAUCCAUCCCUGUGGGUGGUAUUGCUUACUAUAUAACGGCACCAUCAAGCUUGGCGGAUAUGGCAGCGAAUCCAUUUCAUGCACUCUUCUAUAUUGUUUUUAUGCUCUCAGCUUGUGCUCUUUUCUCAAAGACUUGGAUAGAAGUCUCUGGAUCGUCAGCAAGAGAUGUGGCCAAGCAGCUUAAGGAGCAACAAAUGGUGAUGCCCGGGCAUCGAGAGUCAAAUUUGCAGAAGGAAUUGAACAGAUACAUCCCGACCGCUGCAGCUUUCGGUGGAAUGUGCAUCGGCGCGUUGACAGUUAUAGCAGAUUUCAUGGGUGCAAUCGGUUCUGGAACUGGAAUUCUUCUUGCCGUAACAAUCAUAUAUCAGUACUUUGAGACAUUUGAGAAGGAAAGAGCCAGCGAGCUCGGGUUCUUUGGUCUUUGAUUCUUAGGAUCUGUGUUUGACAAUUAGUUGGCACAGGAAAAUAUUCUGAUACGGUGCAUCAUCUGAUUACUAAUGUGCUAUCAUUAGAGCUUACUUCAAUUCAUAAUUACUGACAUGCUAAUGACUCUUUGUUUGAUUUUA